UCAGACUUCGCCAACUGGUCUGAGGCGCGGCCUCACCCGCUUCGCUCCCUGCAUGGCCGCCUCCACCGCCCUCGCCGCUGCAAUGCCACCGCAUUUCAGUCCGAGCAGAGGCGCCUCUGAGGCCGGGGUACCCAAGAAGUCGACGAUCUCCCUCGUCGCCCCCUCCGCUCGCCACCGCCGCCGGCCCGCCCGCGUCAUCCGCGUCUUCCGCUCCAUCUGCCGCACCCUCCCCAUCUUCACACCAAAAUGCAAGAUCCCCAGCGUCGCCUGCUCCGCCUUCGCAUCUCCACUCGCGGGCACCGAUUCGGGGAGGCGGCACCGUGACCUCGUCACGGGGACCCUCUUCGGCUGCCGCAAGGGGCGCGUCUCCUUCUCCAUCCAGGAGGACCCGCGCUGCCUGCCCUCCCUCUUCGUCGAAUUCUCCCUGCAGACGCACGUUCUGCUUCGGGAGAUGAGCACCGGCAUGCUGCGCAUCGCUCUGGAGUGCGGGAAGAACGGCGGAAAGGCGGCGUCUUCGUCGUCGAGGACGCUUCUGGAGGAACCGAUGUGGGCUCUGUUCUGCAACGGCAAGAGGAGCGGAUACGGGGUGCGGCGGGAGGCGACGGUGGAGGACCUGGGGGUGAUGGAGACGCUGCGGGCGGUGUCCAUGGGCGCCGGCGUGAUGCCGGCGAAGGCGGAGGGGGAGGAAGACAUCGCCUACGUCAGGGCCGCCUUCGACCACGUCAUCGCGUCGAAGGACACCGAGAUUCUGUACAUGUUGAGCCCCGAAGACGGCAGCGGCCCCGAUCUCACCAUCUUCUUCAUCAGAUUGUGACGGCGAUGGAAAUUAUCCAGCAGACAUUGAUUUUUCUUCCAUUUCGACGAUCGAUUGCUGCCUAUUUUGAUUGCAUUUACGGGUGAUUCGUUCAAUUACUUAAAUAAUUAAUUAAUCCGGGGUGACAUUGUUAAUUUUCAGGGAGUUGGAUUAAUCU